AUGUCGGCUAGAAAAAUUUAUGCCCGAACCGUUUACGAUUCAAGAGGAAAUCCUACCAUUGAAGUUAAUCUUUCAACUGAGUUGGGUCAUUUCAGAGCUAUAGUUCCUUCAGGUGCAUCUACGGGAUCUCACGAAGCUUUGGAAUUGAGAGAUGGUGAUAAGUCAAAGUGGCAGGGAAAAGGUGUGUUGAAAGCAGUCAAGAAUGUCAAUGAUGUUAUAGCACCAGCAUUUAUCGAUGCUAAAUUGGAUUUGAAAGACCAAUCCAAAGUUGAUGAAUUCCUACUCUCGUUGGACGGUACAGAGGAUAAAUCCCGUUUGGGAGCAAAUGCUAUCUUAGGUGUAUCUAUGGCGGCAUGUAGAGCAGCAGCUGAAGAGAACAAAAUUCCUUUGUUCAGGCAUAUUGCAGAACUUGUUGGCCUUGAGAAGGAGAAGUUCGUCUUACCAGUGCCAUUCCAGAAUGUCUUGAAUGGGGGUGUUCAUGCCGGUGGUAACCUUGCCUUCCAGGAAUUCAUGAUUGUUCCUUUACACGCCCUUUCUUUCUAUGAAGCAAUGAGAUGGGAUACCGAAGUGUAUCACACAUUGAAAGAUCUUGCAAAGGCUAAAUAUGGAGCUUCAGCAGGAAAUGUUGGUGAUGAAGGCGGUGUGGCUCCCAAUAUUGAUACACCAAGAGAGGCUUUGGAUUUGAUUGUGGCAGCAAUUGACAAGGCUGGCUAUCACGGUAAAAUUGGCAUUGCUUUAGAUCCAGCCUCGUCUGAAUUUUUCAAAGACGGUAAGUAUGAUUUGGACUUCAAGAAUCCUACACCGAAGGAAAGCAACAAAUUAACUGGUCAACAAUUGGGAAGCCUUUACCUCGAAUUACUCAGUGAGUAUCCAAUUGUUUCGCUUGAAGACCCCUUUGCUGAAGACGAUUGGGAGUCGUGGUCUGACUUCCUUCCUAGGCUCAAAGAUGCAUUACCAAUUAUUGCUGACGACUUGACAGUAACAAAUACCAAACGUAUUCAAAGAGCCAUUGAUUCUAAUGCUGCAAAUACUUUGCUAUUGAAAGUUAAUCAGAUUGGAACAAUCAGUGAAGCUUUAAGUGCUGCUAAAUUGGCUUACGCAAACAGAUGGGGAGUACAAGUAUCCCAUAGAUCUGGUGAGACCGAAGACACUUUUAUAGCAGACUUGGCUGUUGGGUUGAGAACAGGUCAAAUCAAGACGGGUGCACCAGCUAGAUCAGAACGUGUUGCUAAACUCAAUCAAUUAUUGAGAAUUGAAGAUGAUUUAGGGGACCAUGCCAUUUAUGCGGGUGUGAACUUUAAGCAAGGCUGGGCUUUGUGA